CCUUCCUCGUAUGAAGAGCUGCUCCACCUAACGGGAAGCAAAGACGGCUGCUUAAUCUCUCAUUGGGAAAAAGGGUGAAAGGCGAGACGAAAACGUUAAUAUUUGUCUUCGCCUCCAGCCAAAAUGAUCCACAGCCUGUUCCUCGUCAACGCCUCCGGAGACAUUUUCCUGGAGAAGCACUGGAAGAGCGUGGUCAGCCGCUCCGUCUGUGACUACUUCUUUGAGGCGCAGGAACGCGCCACUGAGCCGGAGAACGUCCCACCGGUGAUACCCACACCCCACCACUACCUUAUCAGUGUGCUCAGGCAUCGCAUCUACUUUGUCGCAGUCAUCCAGAGUGAGGUGCCGCCGCUGUUUGUCAUCGAGUUUCUGCACAGAGUCGUCGACACGUUCCAGGACUAUUUUGGAGUGUGUACAGAGGCUGCUAUUAAGGACAAUGUGGUUGUGGUCUAUGAACUCCUGGAGGAGAUGCUGGACAAUGGCUUUCCGCUGGCCACAGAGUCCAACAUCCUAAAAGAGCUCAUAAAGCCUCCCACCAUCCUCCGCACAAUGGUCAACACCAUCACAGGCAGCACCAAUGUUGGUGAACAGCUCCCUACAGGCCAGUUGUCAGUGGUGCCAUGGCGACGCACCGGAGUCAAAUACACCAACAAUGAGGCCUAUUUUGACGUGGUGGAGGAGAUUGAUGCUAUCAUCGAUAAAUCAGGCUCCACUAUUACAGCAGAAAUUCAGGGAGUUAUUGAUGCCUGUGUGAAACUGACAGGCAUGCCCGACCUCACUCUCUCAUUUAUGAAUCCUCGGCUGCUGGAUGAUGUCAGCUUCCACCCGUGUGUUCGGUUCAAGCGCUGGGAAGCUGAGCGGAUCCUCUCCUUCAUUCCCCCUGAUGGGAACUUCCGGUUGCUCUCCUACCACGUCAGUUCCCAGAACCUGGUGGCGAUCCCAGUGUACGUCAAGCACAACAUCUCCUUCCGAGAGGGAAGCUCCCAAGGACGCUUUGACUUGACUCUGGGACCCAAACAGACCAUGGGCAAGGCCGUGGAGGCGGUCCUAGUCAGCAGCCAGCUGCCCCGGGGCGUCCUGAACGCCAACCUCAACGCUUCCCAGGGAACAUACACCUUUGAUCCAGUCACAAAGAUGUUGACAUGGGAUGUUGGCAAGAUCAACCCACAGAAGCUUCCCAGUCUUAAAGGCACCAUGAGCCUGCAGGCCGGGGCCUCCAAACCUGACGAGAACCCCACCAUCAACAUCCAGUUCAAGACCCAACAGAUGGCCAUUUCAGGGCUGAAGGUGAAUCGACUGGACAUGUACGGGGAGAAGUACAAACCUUUUAAAGGCAUCAAAUACAUGACGAAGGCUGGCAAGUUCCAGGUGCGGACAUAAAGACUUCUGCUCUGUGACCUCUGGACCAAACCACCACGAGACUGAGGGGUGAUGUGACGGGGAAAGGGGAGUUGGUACAUUCCCUGUGUAUAUGCAUUUCAGGAUUUAACAAGGAGGCUCCAUGUAGCAGUUGAGAACGGACCGCUGCACAUGGAAACCUGUCAGUAAAAGCCUCAAGAGAGUUUGAACCUCAGGCCAAACCCAACUCUCCUCAAUUAGAUUUUCACCCAUCAUUUAAAUCUUGAGCCCAAAUCAACCCCACAGCAGUUCCGGGAGACGUUUUUUGACAGUUUGUGUUAAUACAGGCUUCAGCAAGUUCAAACAUUUCAAACUCUUCAGGCCAAAAUCUGACGCUGUACGGUUCCAGCUGUAGGUAUCCUCCACCUCUCCACAGCGUAUUUCAUUGUCUACGCCUACGGCAUGUUUGUCUGGAAAGGUGUGUGCUUGUGACUGUUUUGACACUCCAAAUCAAGAUGUAUGGGAUAUUGGACCAAUAUUAUAUCAAUAUAGAGCUUCUCCUUUAAUAAAUUGAGAUGUCGUGAGCUGUGUGGAAUGGCAGAAAGGACCUCUAAGAUAAAAAAAAAACAAUAGCAUUGUCUUGCAGGACAUUAGUGCCCAAGACUGAGGGAAGGAACUAGUGGGAGUGGUUAUGAUGUUACAGGUUCAACUGUAAAUACAAAUAUAUAUAAAUCAGUAUCAUAUUCUAGAAAAAAAUAAAAACAAAAACAGACAUUUUUUUCACACGCUUUGUUCUUAAAUGUAAUAGAUCAUGGUCCUCCGCUACCUUUGGUUGAGCCUUAUUAAAGAGUCCUCAUUGCAACCUACCAAUGGAAACUGAUAUCGCUGUAUUUCAUUUCAUACUUCCUCGUGUUUUUUUUCCAGAUUUCAUAUCCAGCGUUCAUCUGUUUUCCGUUUGCUCUGUUCUUGUGCUCCUCUUCUUCCCCUCGUUUCAAGACUUUGAUCAUUUGGUCUGCAGCACUGGAGUCCGCACACUGACAUGUGACACCGCAGGCGUCCUCUAUCGCGCACGUUAGCAUCUGCUCCUACUAACUUUUCCUUUUUAAUUAAUACAAGUGAGAUGGAUGCAAUGUGACUGAAGCUGUUUUAGCUAUUUAUUACUAUGAAGGUUUCUGGGAGAAUUUCAGGUCCACGUUCACCUGUUGUAUUCUGCUUUAAUUAUUAUUUAUUAAUCAAAGGAUGCAUUUGCUAAAGUAAUGUCUUGCCGUGUUUCUUGUUUCUGCAUUCAAUUGUUCUUAAAAGCUUUAUCUCCACAGAGGCUUGUCAUUUAACCAUAUUAUGACCAAACAGUAUCGUUUUUUGUUCUCGACGUAUAGAAACGUGGCCGAGAAUAAUAUGUUUAAUCUCGUCAAUGUGGUGCAUAACACGAUGGUCCAGAAAUUAUUUUCUCAGUGCAUCAAUUGAAAACAUCUUAAAAUUCACAGAAUGUAUUAAACUGCGUAUUACGGUACCUCAGAAGAAAUGUUUGCGUUUCCAGCAUUUUGUUUGUGUGUUUGUCAAACGGCCUCCAAUGGAGCGUCACACUGGUGGAAAAUAAAGAUUUGAUGUGUGAUAACUGA